AUGCGCAAGUCAGCCCGUGUCCAAAAGCAGACAGUGUCUUCUGCAGUGGUCUCGUACGCAGCUGCAGCACCGAAGAAACCGGAACCAAGACUGGCCGCAUCAUGCCGUCACCGCUGUGCCGACAAAACCGCUUGCAAGCAUAGCUGCUGUCAGCGCUCGCUCAGUGUAUGGGAGCUGCCUAAAUUCCGCGACUUCAUGAAGGGCGACAUGUUCAUUGCUUUCCUGGAUGUGUUCCCUGUCAAAGAGCUGUUCAAGUUACGAAGAGUCAGCAAAACGUACAGAGACACCAUUGACCGCUCGACGAAGUAUCGCAAGGCGGCAUUUCUCGAAGCCAAGGAGUCCAGCAAUCCAGAUUUCCCUGCAUCGAUCAAGGACGCAUUGCUUGAGCACGCGAAGGAGGUUGACGAGGAACUUCUCAUCAGGAUCAACGAUACCACCAUCAUCAACGCGCCAGCUCGGCGUGUCUUCAUCAACCCUCACAUCUUCAGCAUUGUGCCUGCGAACCGCCUGGCCGAUGUGGACCAGAACCGCGAUCCGCUCCUCAUGAAUCCGCACAACUACACCGCUGACGGGAUCUCUCUGUUCGCCACCCUGGAGCUCAAAUUCGAAGGCAGGAAGAAGUAUAAUCCACGCAUCAGCGACGAGUCUCUGUGCAUGGACAUGUUCCUCACGCAGCCGCCCGUGAAGGAGGUCCUGGUCAAGAGGGACGCAACCCGCUAUCGCUUCCCUCGCACUGCCUGGCCCGACUACUAUCUUGCCACGGACGGUGACGGCCUUCGAUAUCGAGACCUGAAUCGGAUCUUGAAUAUGAACUUUCUGGGACCGGGGGCAAGACCCGGAAAUUUCUGGAACCUGUGGUUCACAGGCCGUGUUACGAUUCCGAGAUGUGAGGCGCUGGACGAGAAUGGAGAGCCGAAUGUGGUCAUCGUUCUGGACGAUUGA